CUUGGAGUCGACCAUAAUUGCUGGGCCAAAUUGUCCACAGCGGAGCUCACAGGGGGCGCCGCGAACCGCAGCGGAGCAGUACUUGCGAAGGAUAGCGCUGCGACGAGAACUGCGGCUAAAAAAAAAUGGCUCAGCCGCCUGAGCAGGUCAUAGCUCUAGACACCCUGCCGCGGGACGCGCUCUGCCAUAUCACCAGCUACUUGCACGGUCACGAGCUCCUGGGCCUCCGCUGCCAGUCGACGCAUUGCCGCGAUGCGAUUCGGUAUGCCGCGGGGUCACACGUUGGGUGCUCUCGUGUGCAGUUGAGAUCUACUCGAUCGAUGGAGUCGCGGAUGCUCGUGGCGCGUGCGUUUGGCCACGCGUGCCGUCAUCUUGAAUGGUCUACCACACCUAAUUAUGCCGUCCUGAAUGGCCAGAGCCUUCCAAGAGACAAUUUUCUCGUCGAGUGGUGCAGGACGGCGCCUAACCUAGUGUCCCUCGACGCUUCGUCACACGUCUGCAUCACUAUGGAGAGAGCCGCUGCCAUUGGUAGCGCGUGUCCGCUGUUGGAGGAUGUCAAAUUUUCUGGUUGGGAUGAGGUCAGCCCCGCCGAGACCUGGGCAAGGUGCUUCCCCAAACUGCGCCAGGUGCACCUAAGUCCGGAUAGAAGUGGUGAGCUGACUGAUGAUUAUGUUCCCACCGACUUAGCUGCCAUAUCGGAGACAUUGCGCGUGUGCGCAAGUGCCGUCGAAUUGUAUUGUAAUCAGUGCCAAAUUGCGCGCCCCGUCGUUGACCUGUUCAUUGGCACGCCGUUCGGGACCCGGCUCCGGGCCCUGUCAUUUCGUGAUGGUCAAGUUGAUGCCGAUGAUCUUUUGGCCUGUGCGCGAGGGUUUCCCCAGCUACGGGUGUUAGUUCUUCCCAAGAAUGAGCUUGGAGGCGUCGCGUUCUAUGAAGCGCUCGCGCAUGCGCGCCCCGAGCUCGCUUAUCUCGAAUUCUGUGCGUCCGAGACCACAGAAGAUAGCCACAUCGCAGCAGCAUGCUCGUCUUUGAGUCUGAGGUGCCUUGUAGCCCUAGAUUGCGAUCAAAUUGGUGACGACCCUGGAAUCGUUGACGGUAUCCUUGGUAGCUCCAGCGCGGCGUCGCUCGAGGAGAUAGAAAUCUCUAAAACGGACCGUGGCCUCGAUCUGGGCGGAGAGCACGUGCUGCGGUUGGUGCGGGGGUGCCCGCGCCUGCGUGUGUUCUCCGACUUUUAUACUUGGUUACACUGUGAGAGUGAUGAGGAUGCGGAUGAGGCCCGUGAAAUCCUCCUUCUUCGCGGCGGAGACGCAGUUUCGAAGCAUACAUGGAAGCCGGUUCCAGGUACUGACCAAACUCUCUGGUCCGAUCCAUGGAAGCCGCCCUACACAGUACGAUUAGAUAAGUAUAUCACACCUUAUACACGG